AACGCAGGUUGGCAACCGCCAUAAAUUUCGAAGAAGAGAAGGAAGAACACAGUUCGUUAUGUCUUUGUCGAGUUUUCUACCAGCACCAACUCAGUUGUCCCAGGAUCAGCUGGAGGCUGGGGACAGGCUUCAAGCCCAGACAUCCUACUCCACUGACUUGGUUUCGUCCCGUCGAGAACCCCCUCUUUACGGGCACAGACAGGGCUGGGUCCCUCGUGCCCUGGAGGAUUUUGGAGAUGGAGGAGCAUUCCCAGAGAUCCAUGUGGCCCAGUUUCCCCUGGAGAUGGGCAGGAAGAAAAGAACGUCCAACGCUUUGGCUGUCCAGGUGGAUGCAGAAGGAAAAAUCAAGUAUGAUGCUAUAGCCAGACAAGGACAAAGCAAGGAUAAGGUAAUCUUCAGCAAGUACACUGAUUUGCUGCCGAAAGAAGUUCUGAAUGAUGAAGCUUCAGAACUCCAGAAGCCAGAUGAGGAUGCAGUCAGAGAGCUGACAGAAAAGACUCGUGCAGCUCUGAACAAACAGGUAACUCAAAAGAUUGCUGCGGCCAUGCCUGUGAGGGCUGCAGACAAACAGGCGCCUGCACAGUACAUCAGGUACACGCCAUCCCAACAGGGAAUGGCAUUUAACUCGGGGGCUAAGCAGAGGGUGAUCCGUAUGGUGGAAAUGCAGAAAGACCCCAUGGAGCCUCCACGUUUUAAAAUCAACAAGAAGAUCCCUCGAGGACCUCCUUCUCCUCCUGCUCCUGUCAUGCAUUCACCAAACAGAAAAAUGACUGUGAAGGAGCAGCAGGAGUGGAAGAUUCCUCCUUGUAUUUCUAACUGGAAAAAUGCCAAAGGCUACACCAUUCCACUGGACAAACGUCUCGCUGCUGAUGGCAGGGGCCUCCAGACGGUCCAUAUCAAUGAGAACUUUGCCAAACUGGCUGAGGCGCUGUACAUCGCUGACAGAAAGGCCAGAGAAGCAGUAGAGAUGAGAGCCCAAGUAGAAAAGAAGAUGGCCCAGAAGGAGAAGGAAAAGAAGGAGGAGAAACUGAGGGAGUUGGCCCAAAUGGCCCGAGACCGCAGGGCCGGCAUAAAAAGUCACGGAGACAAAGCGGGCGGUGAAGAUGGUGAGGCCAGGGAGCGUGAUGAGAUCCGCCAUGACAGAAGGAAAGAGAGGCAGCAUGACAGGAACAUUAACCGGGCUGCUCCUGAUAAGAGGUCAAAGCUGCAGAGAGACCAAGACAGGGACGUCAGUGAACUCAUCGCUCUGGGACUGCCAAACCCUCGGAGCUCCAGUGAGGCCCAGUAUGACCAGCGACUGUUCAAUCAGAGCAAGGGGAUGGACAGCGGUUUUGCUGGCGGUGAGGAUGAGACGUAUAACGUGUACGAUCAGCCAUUCAACAGUGGCAGAGACAUGGCCCAAAACAUCUAUCGUCCCAGCAAGAAUCUCAACAAGGAUGCCUACGCCGACGACUUUGACGCACUCACUCGUGAAACAAGGUUUGUUCCAGACAAAAGUUUCUCGGGUGUGGAGCACGGCCAGAGGCGGGAGGGGCCUGUCCAGUUUGAGGAGGAUCCAUUUGGUCUGGAUAAGUUCUUGGAGGAGGCCAAGCAGCAUGGUGGCUCCAAAAGGCCGUCAGCCAGCAGCCGCUCAAAGGAUGACUACCAUGCAAAGAAGCGCAGGAAGGAGUGACCGCAGAAGGGCGUGGCAUUGAGAUCGACUGAGUGCACCCGUGCUAGAUUAAGAUGCACCAACGACAAGUUCAUUGUUCUUGUUUGUUUUAGGAUGAUUUUUCUUCUUGUUCAGGUAAUUGUAUAAAAUAAUAAAUGUCUGUACCUUUUCUUGUU